CUAAUAUUGUUGAGAAAAAUUUCUUCGUAAGACCUUGAAUAUGUCAUGUCCAGAGCUGCCUGGAGGUGAAUGUCACGCAGCUCUAGGGGGUAUAAAAGGAGCGUCAAUUUUUCACACCACAGUUCACGCUGAAGUUCACCAGCAUGAAGGUCUUGGUAGCAGCAGCAGUCCUUGUCUUACUUGCAGCCACUGGUAGUGCUGAACCUUUCCCGGAAGCUGACCCAGGUUUCCGUGGCAACUUUGGAGGUCAUGGUGGAGGAUUCAACAGAAGAUUUGGUGGCUACCGUGGCAAGAGAAGUGCUGUGGCAGAGGCUCUGGCUGAUGCAGAUCCUGAGCCUGGCUUUAGGCAUUAUGGUGGGAUUGGUGGUGGCUUUGGAGGAUUCACAGUCGGGCGCAUUCACCACUAUGGAAAAAGGAGUGCUGAGGCAGAUCCUGAGCCUGGAUUUAGGCGUUAUGGUGGGAUUGGUGGGAUUGGUGGUGGCUUUGGAGGAUUCAGUGGUCCUGGCCGCGUUCACCACUAUGGAAAAAGGAGUGCUGAGCAGAUCCUGAGCCUGGAUUUAGGCGUUAUAGUGGGAUUGGUGGGAUUGGUGGUGGCUUCGGAGGAUUCAGUGGUCCUGGCCGCGUUCACCACUAUGGAAAAAGGAGUGCUGAGGCAGAUCCUGACCUGGAUUUAGGCGUUAUGGAGGGAUUGGAGGGAUUGGUGGUGGCUUUGGAAGGAUUCGGUAGUGCUGGCCACGUUCACCACUUUGGAUAAAGGAGUGCUGAGGCAGAUCCUGAACCUGGAUACAGGCGUUAUGGAGGGAUCAGGGUAACAGGUGGUGGCUUUGGAGAAUUUAAUCGUAGCUUCGGUGGAUAUGGACGAUAAUUUUUUGUCUCAGUAUCACUCUGAUGAAUUCUUAUUGAAAAGUUCAUA